UCUUCGUGUAGCGAAAAAAAAACAGUCUGAAGCUCAACGGAUUGCACCCUAAUUCUGUUAGAAAAGGGGAAGUUUGAUGGCUCUGUCGAAGGAUGCUACCCCCAUGUGGGACAUGAUCUCUCCUGAAGAUGACAAGGCACUGAUGGAAAAGUUUACAGCAGAGAGUAACAAGCUCAGCAACAGUUGGUCCCUUGGAAGUGCAUCCUCUUUGGAGAAAGAUGCGGCAGUUUCCUUUCUGGUGCAGCUUGGAGCAGUACAAAUCGCCAUCCAGUGUGACAGUCAACAGAUAGCUUCUCAGAAACAAGUAUCCAUUCACUUUGGCGAUGAACAACACAUUGAGACAGAACAUGGUGUGGCUCAGCCAGUACAGACCAAGGAUACUGUCCCUAGUAGAGGGAAAUUGGUUACCCCGGCUACGGUUUCACAACACCAAGAUUCCAUGGAGGUACAGAUCGAUUACGAUGAUGACGAGGAUAAUUCUUAUGCUGCGUGGAUGACAGAACCUGAUGAUGGAAAUGAUAGUGACACCCAACCAUCAGACACCGCAAAAGCGGUGGAAAGUGACUGCCCAAGUGCAACUCAGCAGCCGAGGGAGGAACACCCAUGCCCAGAUUGCCAUGUGAUCUUACACAGCACAUGGGACUUAGAUCUGCACAAAUUGCAUGAUUGUACAGAGUCUAAUAACUCCAUUCAGUAUGUAUAUAAUUGUGACCAAUGCAGGAAGUCGUUUCAUAGAUGGGCUUUUACGGUUGCCCACUUACGCAAAGUUCAUAAUUGCAACAUGAGUCACUCUGAAAUAAUAAAGAAACUUGACGAACUGAAAAGUACAAAAAGUAAAAAAAGUGGAAAUAAGGAUGAAAAAUGCCUUCCAUCUGAGAAAAAAGCUCCGAAACGUCCAGGCCUCAUAGAAGCAAAAGGGCAAACGACGAGGAAGAAGGUCGCAAGGAGGAAGAAAAGAGAUAAUGGAGAUAUGCAGGAAGUGAAAAAACAAACAAAAAGUGACAGAAGGAAUGCACCUCGGCUUUCCAAGAGACCUUGUAUCCGUUUAAAUAAGGAUUUGAUAAAGAUUUUCGAAAGUGAAAGAGAUGAUGAAAAUAACCUUACCACGAACAACAGGAGCAUUAAACCUGAGAGAACUGCAGGGGUUUCCAAUGUAGAAAAAGCACAGCAGAGGCACACUUCUGAUGAACAUCAAAAUCUUAACUUCAAAACGGAAGCCAAUAAUUCCAGUGGGGGCGAACUGGCUACCGGUAGAUUGAACGAUGAACGUCAAGGUCAAGGGAGUACUGCUGAGCAAGUUGAAGAAAAGGGUGAAGAUGAUCUUAUUUUAAUGAAAGAGGUAGAACUUGUAAUAAAAGAUGGAGAAAGAGAAACCUCAGCAACGAUAGCAAUGCCAGAGUCAGAGAUCAGUAAAGCUGAACUAGAGGAGGAGACUGGCAAUACAUUGAUUUCACAGAGGGAUGAGGGCCAGGGACAGGCUGCUGAGGGGGUAGAAGAAAAUCAAGAUGCCUCUGCCAACCCUAUCAUGGAAAAGAAAAGGAAAAUACAUACAGCUGACUUGAAGGUCCAUGAAUCACAGGAGGGAAAGUCGGAGCCAAGGGAUAUGAUUGAACAUAAAGCAUCCCAUGAAACUGCAGAAAGAGAAACAAAGGAAGCAAGCAAUUUAGAUGCUGACGAUGAUGAAAACAACUUUACAACCAUCCAAAAAUCAACAGAAAAUGCCAUAGUAUGCUCGCUUUGCGAUUUGCAAUUUGAGACAAAACACGAUCGGAGCAAACAUAUGCCUAGUCAUAAGGAACAUAGGUUGCAGUAUAAGUGUAGUACAUGUGGUAAAACUUUCAAUAGGAAAGUUAUAUACAGAACACAUGUCGAAACCCACCAGGACAAAACAAAACGACAGAAAUACCAUUGCAAGACAUGUGAUAAAACCUAUUUGUCAAAGUAUACUUACAAUAAUCAUAUGGACAGCCAUGUUGGUAAAUCAAAGCUUUUCAAAUGCGAAACAUGUGGUAAAACUCGUGCUAGCAAAAGAGAUCUUAAGAGGCACAUCAAUAAUGUACAUAUCAAAGAGAUAAAGUACACCUGCGAGGUGUGUGGGAAACGAUUCUACGACACCCGCAGAAUUAAGUCUCAUGUAGAAAGUCAUAAGAAAGGGAGGGCAUAUAAAUGUGAGGAAUGUGGAAAAGGCUUCUUCGGGGCUUAUCAACUAAAAAACCACAAGAAAAGGGUCCAUUCUAAUGCUGGUCAUUGCCUAUGUGAAGUCUGUGGAUCAUCCUUCAAGAGUCAAGGCAAUCUUAAACAGCACAAUCUUACUGCCCAUACUGAUGUCUACAAGUACUCCUGCGACGUUUGCGGAAAGAAAUUCAAACGCACGUCUCUCCGUAAUUCCCAUAUGAAAGUCCAUUCCAAUGACCCUGCUAACAAGCCUUUCAAAUGUGAACUUUGUAGUAAGGCAUUUGCAGCUCAAGGCAAGUUAAAGGUGCAUAUGGAUUGGCAUUACAACAUCCGGUCAUAUACAUGUGAUGUGUGUGGUAAGUCGUUUCUGACGAAGGGAAACCUGGACAAGCACCAGUUUCUCCACAAGGGCACGAAACCCCAUGAAUGUAAAAUUUGUUCCCGUGGUUUCAUGGAUCUGCCAGGUCUCAGGAAACAUCUAGAUUUAGUACACAAGAUCACCCUGAAGAAGGUAGUGACGCAGAGAGUGCUUGAAGCCAACGAUGCGAAAGAGUCAGGAGGAGAUGGUGUCCCUCAUAAACCUGCUGCCACACCAUCUUCACCCUCAAACUCAGGGUCUGACGACGCUGACAAUGACAGUCCAGACUUCAAAAGAGGCAAUGUUGCUCAAGCUCCUGAGGCCAGUGAUGGGCAAGUGGUUAGAGACAGGGGCGUCUCCAAAGAGGGGGUGUGCAGGGUGCAACACCCCCAACCUGUCAGGAUAUUGUCGCUAAAAUUGCACUGCCGUCGGGUAAAAAGAGAAAAAGGGGAGAGGAAAAAAAAGAGGAAAAGGGAAAGAAAAGAAAAAAAGGAAAGGAAAAGAAAGAUCCACAUGCAAAAGCCUCUUCACGUCAAUGGGCGGAAUCCGACGACCUAUUUGGACACUCCUGACAUCAACAGCUGUGCCUCCACAACCAUCUUCUGGCGACGCCACAUCAGCGACUGCAGAUUUCUCUGA